UAGUAACAAAUGGAAAAACGAUAGUGAAAAUUUGUCCGAAAAUAAAUGAAAAAUGUUCGGAUUCGGAUUGAAGGGCUUAAACUUCGACCCUUGCAACCUGGAAUCCAUCAGAAUCGAGAGCGCAGUAGAAUUUUUGUAUUUCAGUGUGGAUGGCCCAAAUGUUGUUGUUGGAGCGCCAAACUUGUUGACUCACAACCGCGCGGCUCGUCAGCAUCCUCCUCUUCCUCUUCCUCCUCCUCCUCCUCUUCCUCCAAUCCGAUUGCUUCUCCUGCUCGUGCACGCGCCGUUCAGCGGGGAAUCAUUUCUGCUCAUUUUCCAUCUUUUCUCCCGACCAUUGUGAGAUUUCCCCCCACCCCACCCCCCGCGCAUCUUUCUCGGCUGGAUUCCACAUAAGCUGCCAGCCUCAAUUUAGUAGCCCAACUUCACCACCACCCCAAAAAAAAAAAGUACUUGGAGAUGGCUUUUAUGGUGAAGCACGUGGUGGGGGGGCAGUUGAAGAACUUGACGGGCGGCCUGACGGAGGAGAAACCCGAGGCGGAGAAGACGGACGCGGCGGCGCAGGGGAUGACCCAGGAGGAGUUCGAGCAGUACCAGCAACAGUUAGAAGAGGAGAAACAAGAACGAGAGGCUAAUUUUGCCCAGAAGAAAGCCGAACGAGCCACAGUGAGGAGUCAUUUUCGGGACAAGUACCGACUACCAAAGAACGAACUGGACGAGACUCAAAUCCAGCAGGCGGGCGACGAUGUGGUACUGCCCACCGAGCUGGCCAAGAUGAUAGCUGAGGACAACCAGGAAGAGGCGCACAAGCAGUCUGUGCUGGGCCAGCUGUCCAGCCUGCAGAACGUCGAUAUGGACCAGCUGAAGGACAAGGCCCAGGCCACGCUGGAGGACCUCAAGAAGCAGACAGAGAACUGCAGCCUCAUGUGAUGUCGGAGAGCAAAGAUUUGUUGAAGGUGGAGCUUCUGGGAAGGAGGAAGAAGUAGCGCAAGUCUUUGUUUUAGUUAAUUUCAAGUAAUGCACAUUUUGAAAAAUUGUUAUAUUACUUAUCACCAUUCAUUUGUUGGAGUAUCACGCUUCCAGAAAAGCGAUCAUUUCGCUCACACAUUUUUGCAUUUUUAACAAAAUGAGUGAAAAGUCGAUGAUUUGUAACACUUUUUGGUACCCUGACACUGAGGUACCAACCCCAGUUACGGUACCUAAAGGAUGUACCCAGACACACAGCCGAGCACUGAUUGGUCAACAGAACAUUUUCACAAGAGGAAUCAUUUGGUUUACCUGUUUUUGCAUUUUCAACACAAUGGGCCUUAUUUUCGUGACCGGCAGAAAUCCGGUGCUGCGGGCAGCACAUCUAUGCCCCAGGAGUGGGUUAGACUGUUGUUGGUAAUUUCGUAGAGCAGCCUGGCGGAUCCGACAGUGAGUGGGCUGCACCUCUACGGGUGUGUUUACGCCCGACUUUAUUUGCCACCAAUCAAAGUGGCUACUCACACUCCCUUUAAAUGUGGCGCAAAGACAGUCUCGAGGGAGACAUCUCUGGGAGGAAGAGGACGAUGCGUAAUCGAAGCAAUCCAUGCGUGAGUGGAGCAUUGUCACUGCUCUUGGCCAGUGUGGCAACAGACAACGUGAGCGGGUAUACAGAAUGAGCUGGUGAUAACCGCUGGCGAAUUAAAUAUGUCCGCGAAGCUCAGAAUCUGUCUGACUGCGCCCCAAUCAGAUCCACCAAAAUCCCUUUAGACCAGUGGUCUACCUUACACCAAGAUUUGGAUGUGGCCAAAUUGUCACUCCGCGAGGCACACCCUCGCUGCGCCAGAACGCCCAGCUUGGUGUAGACCGGUCUGGCAAAUUGGAAAACAUGCGCAGCGAGCCUUGCAUUUGCAGGAAAAUCUAAAUCCUCCAGCAUUUGCGACCCGCCGCAGAUGUACUGUCUACUAAAAUAAAGCCCAAUGUGUGAAAAUGUGGUGAUCUCUUCCACGUUUUGGCACCCUGACACUGAGGUACCAACUCCAGUGAUACGUACUUAAUGGGCGGAGCCAGACACAAAGCUGAGCACUGACUGGUCGACAGAAGAAUUGCAUUCUCAACAAAAGUUAAAUAAUACUUUUUGGUAUUCCAACCCCAGUGUUAUGGUACCAACAUUUUCUAUCAAAAACAGUGUUAGAUAAGAGUCCCUUAAGCUUCCUUGGCCAUUUUUUGAGAAGCCUUCCUCUUUUCCCACUAAACUCAGAAAAGUCCAAUGUGGAUGGAAAUGUAAGUUCUACCUGGGACCACCUACACUAACCUGAGCAGCUAAUUUCAUUAACGAAAGUAUCCUGUUUGGAGGAGAAUUACAUUAAAUUUGGGGACUAGGGACGUUUUGCCAGGAUAAGCAUUUGAAAAGCACAAAAAUGACAACAUUAAUUAAAGACUUUGACAAAUGUUAGCACCUACUACUACCUGGAAGGACAAACCUUUUUACUCGUUUUUUUAAAUAAUUUAUUUUCCAAUAAUAACAGAUAACGUGCGAGCAAAUAAGCCAUGUGUCACUUUAGGGAUGUUACUGUGUGCAAUACAUGGGAGUUUUCAAUGAACUUCCUCUUGAAUAGACUCCUACUUUCUUUUUAAUUGAACCUACGCCGCAGGGUGGGAAAAACUUUGUGCUGCACAUGGAAGUGUCAUUAAAAUACUAGAUAUACAGUAAAUACAUGAAAAGCUGCUGAAAAGGUACAAAUGUAAAUGCUUUUAGAGGCCAAAGUGCGACAUGUCUGAAUAUUUGUGUCCUCAUAACGCCAAUAUUUACAGUAUGUAGUGUGUACGCAGUGAGCUCAUUGUGUGGUGCCGUUUCGUGCCGGUGGAUUAGGUGUCGUCAAGUCGAGUGGUGUCCUUGUGAACCUUGUUAGCGCAAACGCCGCCGCCUAAUGAUGUCGUUUUUGGAGGUGUCCGACUGUGGUGUUGUUGUUUGUGUACUCUGUGUAGCGAUGGCAAUUUAUGCUUCUCUGUACCACUUUACAAUAGGGAUAUCCUUAUUUAUGUGUUAAUAAUACAAUUAUAAAGCGUUUCUAAAUCAUUAAUAAGCAGUUUUCAGUGUUGCUUGCUGUCUUGCAAGAUGAUGCUAUUAGUAUACUUCAAUGUGGACUCACAAAUAUUAACCCUUACCCUGUAUCUUUACCCUACCCUAAUUUAUAACGACCCUAACCCCGUUCCAAAAAGUAGCUUGCCACUGAUGGGACAUUGUCGUUUCCUAGGAAUGUUGGAGAAGUGAUUACUUUAAAAUGUAAACACUUGCAAAGACAGACAUGAUCAGUGUCAAGAUGAAUGUCAUUAAUUAUAUUGAUAACAUGUAUUUAAAGGUCAUUUGAACAAAUUUACUAUUUCAGAAGUGUGUGUCAAAUUGGUAGACCCUCACAUUAAUAAAUAAGAAGACGUCUCAGUUGCAAAAAAGUUUGGUGACCCUAAACUAGGGAUGGGCGAGUACCGAUACCUGGUAUCGUAUUUCCAGGUGCCAGAAGCAGCCACCGAUACUCAGUCAAAAAAAUCUUACAAGUAAGUUUUCCUCGCCAGUAGUUGGCGCAACACUGCGGCUGUUUGACAUAUCUGUGAAUGCGGUAUCAAACAUCCCUACCCUAAACCUACCAUAACCCUACCAUAGCCCUUUCCUGCUCUGACCUCACCCUAACCUACCCACAUGCAGCAUCUGUUUAUGAAGUCUGAGUACAGUAUAACCUGUUAAUGAAUAAUCAUUAUUGGUACCCUUAUUGUAAGUGGUACCCACGUCUCCAACCCGCCUCGCUUUGUUUUGCCAAAUUUGUUAUAUGCGCUUUUAGUCUUUUUUUUGCAUUAAAAUUGGUGCGUGUGUGUGUGCGUGUGCGUGUGCGUGUGUGUGUGUGUUUGUAAGCAAAUGUGUUGUUAUCCAGUUGCAUUGAGGGGUAGUGCAAUAUGUUCAAACGUAUCGGGACUGUUGGAACCAUUCGCUUUCAUCAAAUUCAACCGAGCCACCCUUACAGAAAUGGCUAUGUGCACUGGGAUGUCCAAUUGAUUAAGUAAACAGUCAAAAGUUGUGUCUCAAUAUUUUUGUCGGUCAAAUGAAUGAAUGGACGCUGAGGAGAUCCUCAUUGCUGUGGUUCUUGUCAUGUGAUAGUGAUAGACAAGUAGAUGUUCCUCAUAAAAUAUACAAGAAAAGUAGCAAUAAGUCGUUUCCUAAUAUCGCUACAAGGAAAUAACCACUGUAAUAAUAAUGAAAUUAAUAAUAAUAAAGGGGGAAUGAAGCCAUAAGCCACGAGACUUGCUUGGUUUGUAUGAGCGUGUUUUGUUUUUCUCAUCAAAUCUGUCAUUCUGUCUCUGAUGGGAGUUUCAAAUGCAAUAAAAAUAUUUUCGGAUGA